CUUCUUCCUGCUCCCCUCAGGCCGCCAUGAUGGCGGCGGCGACCCCGCGGCUGCGGCCGCUGCUGCGCGCCCUGAGGGCUCAGAGGUUUCGGGGUCCCGUGUGGUGCUGCGGAGCCCCGGCCGUGAGGGGGGUGGCGAGCGACGCAGGGCAGCCCCCUCCCCCCACCCCUCCCCCACCCUCACCCCCUCCCCAAACCCCAGAACCUCCAGAAUUUUUGGGAAAUUCCCCAAAUUUGGGGGAGCUCCGUUUGGAGGAGCUGGGGCUGGGGGGUUCCACCCCCGUGGGAAUGAUCCAGAACCUUCUGGAAUUUCUGCACCUGGACCUGGGGCUGCCCUGGUGGGGAGCCAUUGCUGCAGGCACGGUUGGGGCUCGAAUCCUGCUGCUGCCGCUGGUGCUGCGGGGUCAGCGCGAGGCCGCCCGGCUCUCCCGGCACCUCCCCCAGCUCCAGCGCCUCUCCCAGCGCGUGGCCGAGGCCCGGCGCGGCACCGACCCCAACCAGGUGGCCGUGGCUUACUCGGAAUUGGUUUCGUACCAGCGACGUCACGACGUGAAUCCGCCGGGCUUCCUGGUGCCCCUCGUGCAGACCCCCCUGUUUGUGUCGUUUUUCUUCGCCCUGCAGGGGAUGGCGGCGGCGCCGGUGCCGGGGCCUGCAGGGGGGCUGGGCUGGUUCCCCAAUUUGGCCGCCCCCGACCCCUUCUACGUCCUGCCCGUGCUGGUCACGGCCUCCACCUGGCUGGUGCUCGAGUUAGGGGCGGAGACGGGCGUGUCCGCGCCGGGGGCGGGAGCUGUCCGUCAAAUCCUGAGGCUCCUCCCCCUCCUCUUCCUGCCCUUCAUCGUGCACUUCCCCACCGCCAUCUUCACCUAUUGGCUGACGUCCAACAGCUUCAGCCUAUUGCAGACGGGGCUGCUGCGAGUCCCCGCCCUCCGCGCCAAACUGGGCGUGGCUCCGCCCCUGGCCACGCCCCCGGCUCCGCCCACCGGCCCCGCCCCCCAGGGCAAGGGCGGGAUCCUGAAACAGCUGAAAAAAGGUGAAAAAAUGGGAAAUUUGGGCCAAAAAAAUGGGGAUUUUUGGGGGAAUUCGGGGAUUUUGGGAGAGUUUGGGAUUUGGGGUGAAAUUUUGUAGAU